UGGAGACUCCUGUCGAUACAGUCUCGCGGACCCUCACCUCUCAUUUCGGGCUCGACUCGCCCUCGCCUGGCGAUGUCUGCGCUUCCGUCUCUCGUCGCCUAAAGCCCAAGAGGCCCAAGAAACGAAGACAAACAUGGAUCUCUGGCUCGACGCCAUGGACUUCUCGCAGGUACAUACUCUAGAGUUCAACGACACCCGUGGCCACCAGUUGACCCUGACCGAGCACGUUGCCAAGAAACUGCCCCCCAAACUGUCCAGCCUGAAAUCUCUUACAUUACAUAACACCAUAGCCGAGUUAUUCAUCCUCGCCCUCCCCGUUAACUCUCUGAGGCACCUCUCCUGGCAACAUCCCAAAGCAGGUUGUGGGAACCGUGAGGACGAAGACGCCAACUCAUCUCUGUUGGAGCGUGUCCUGCAGCACCAUGGGUCCAGUCUUCAGUCGUUUGAGUACCGCACACCGGAAAUGGACAACGAAGCUCCCCCAGUGAUGUCCGUGGAGGAAGUGCACGCGCUUGUAACGCUCGCUCCUCAACUCCGUAGCUUGACUCUCGAUCUCGGGCGGGUCGACAACGGGACGAACGGGGGUCCUCAUUGGCCGUGGGGAACGCUCAAGCUGCUCGCCGAAGGCCUACCAGAACUGACAGACCUCACCAUCUACUUUGAGCUGGCCAGUGCAUGUCACAGGCAGGAGCGUGGAGCUCACUGGAUGAUGGAUUUCAUCCGAUGCGGCGAUGAAUGUACAGGGCCCGACCGCUACGCCCAGCCGUUGCUGAACAAGACGAGCGCCGCCGACAUGGCACAGUUUCUAAGACAGCAGAAGGCCGGUCAACCGUUUGAAACUCUAACGUUCCGAGCUGGGGAGUGGGAGCCCCCCUACGAAGGGCCGGAUAGAAUUGACAGAUGGUUAGACGGGAGGCGGGUCUGGGUCACCUGCCGGCUGGAAGACUCAAUUGCCCAGGAAAGUGACCUUGUCUGCGAAUCAGGAGACACACUGCCAACCGGUAAACGCGAUGGCGUUUGUUCUUUACUGGAGCAAGUGGAAAUUGAGCCAGAGCAAGUACCCGAGGCAUCAAAUCUCGCGCAGGAAAAGGAUGAUUUAUGAGCUCACUUCCUACUUCAAAACCAAACAACGAAAAUAGUCAAGUCAUUUAUUUCUGUGGUUGGGAGGGAAAUUCAAGAGUCAUUGAAUCGCCAGGAUAUGACUUUAACCUCUACGCAAACGAUGGUCCCGUCCAACUCUUCCGACACCUUGCCGCCUUUGGUGAUGCCAAUACCGCCGCCCACUCGUCACCAUUCCCCAAGCAUACCUAGGUACCUUACCUAUUCAACUUCCACAAAGCGCCCGACGAGUGGCUUAUUGCCGCCGAAUGAGAGCAACAUACCUCUUAAAGGCAAUAAGCGAACUCGUUUGGCACUACACGCGUACUAAUAUCAGGGCUGGGUUCCGCCAAACCUAAACCUCCUCGUCAUUUG